AUGGUUGAGAUGGAAGUCGUUCUCGCUGUCUGCCUCGAUCGUCCCGUCAGAGAGCAGGCGUCCGAAGAGUUUGGGAGCUUUCAGCACAUGGCUUCCGUUACGAAUAAUGAAGCCGUCAAUGCCGCUACCGAUCAAGUCUGCUGCAUCAAUGCGGCGACCGUCGGCGAGGAGGAUGCAGUCCACCGUCAUGAGUUGCAGUUGAAGGUCGAGCAACCAGAGCGCGUCAUCCGUGCACCGCAGGAAACGGUCUCGAUGCCCUCACGAGUAGCAGCAGCUUUGGGCUUGAAAAGAAAAAGGUUGUUGAAUGACCCGAUUCGCAACAUUGAAACACUGCUUGCUAUGGGCGUCGCCCAGAAUUUGCUCAUGGCUGCCGCAGUGCUGCAGGUCUUUUCGCCGACGUUUGAGUUCGAACCUCAAGAUGGCAGCUCGCGAGGUUCUGCACUUGUUGCCAAGCAUGCUCUCAUUAGGCGAGCGCCAAAACCUAUCAAGCCUGCGGGCGAAGAGGCAUAUGAUAAGGCUGAACAGAAAGGCAAGAUGCUCAUGUGCUGGAUGGAGAAUCCAUUGCUAGCAGGUGACCUGGCGACCAGCAAGUGGACAAAAUGGGAGCAGCUGGCGGAAUGGGGCUGGACUGGACCUGGUGGGGGCAGCAAUCCUAUCGGCGGUAACUACGGCGGCGAGCAUGACACUCUGAUUGCUGAUCUUUUGGGAGAUCGAAACCCAAGAGAGCAGGACUUGAGCAUCGCGAAGACGGUCCGACUGUAUCACAAGAAAGAGCAUGCUGCUGAGACCAUCGAUGGAGUGACAUACAACUAUCCUCCCACAGAUGCGACUUACGAGAACAACAUGUAUCCCAAGCAAGGCGUAAUUGUGGCCGACUUCAACUAUGGCCCCAAGUAUCAAAUCGACAACGAAGCAACGCCGAAGCGGAAAGACUGGAACAAGGCUACUGAUCGCGGUCCUAAGCUGAGUCAGCUCUCCGACGUCUGGUGGCUCAUCUGGGACAAGAUCACAGCCAACGACGCAACCCUCCGCAAAGGUUUACGCUAUAUCGUCCAGCACAACGUCGUCAAUCCAGACUCGCAUGCGAUUCUCGCCAAAGUGCUCAUUGACCAGAAGCAAAUCUCAACCGGCCUUGCUCCCGGAGGCACAGGCGUAAUAGUCAAGAGAGAAGACGAAGGUUUCGCUGCACUUUUGGGCAUGAAUAAUGUCUGGGGUGUUCCAUUCCUGCUGAUUCAGCGGAGCGGCGAGCUUGGGAGGAAGAGAAUCAAGCAGAUCACUGUGUGGAGUGAGAAUACUCCAAAUCUCAUCAUUGAGUUGGAGAACAUACCGGAUGAAGAGUGA